AUGGCGGUGUUGCCUAGACUGAGACCUGGAUUCCGUCGAACGACGACCGACGAUGCAGAGUCUCCUCUACCCAUGAGCUCGCUAGAGGCAAAUGAGAAGAAUCCAGCAGUAGCCAGCGCAGGCAAUGCCACCGCAAGCGGCAGCAAUGGGCAAAGCCAUGCAGAAAAUCCUGAUGAAGCUGCCCAAAGAGGUGUUCAGGACGUCGAGGCUGUCACCUUGACCUGGUCAAAGAAGUCUCUCAUUGCUGUCUUCAUUCUGAUGUUCCUACUUUAUUUCGUCAAUGCGUUCCAAUCGUCGAUCCUGUAUAACCUGGUCCCUUUCGCCACAAGCUCUUUCGAGAUGCACUCCUUAUUGACCGUCAUCUACAUUGUUUCCAACUCCAUGAGUGCGGCAGUCUAUAUUCCACUGGCCAAGAUGCUCGACAUUUGGGGCCGGGCCGAAGGCUUUCUUCUCAUGGUAGCCUUCGCUACCCUGGGCUUAGUCUUGAUGGCUUCCUGCAGCGGUCUCUCCACCUUCUGCGCAGCACAGGUGUUUUACUCUAUCGGCUUCGGGGGCUUGAUAUACAGCGUCGACGUGAUCACGGCCGAUGCGUCCAAGCUGAAGAACCGAGGCCUGGCGUACGCGUUCACGUCUUCGCCUUACAUGAUCACGGCGUUCGCUGGUCCCAAGGCUUCGGACGAUUUCUACUAUCACAUCAGCUGGCGAUGGGGGUUCGGCUGCUUUGCUAUCAUCUUACCAUUCGUGGCGGCUCCGUUGUACGUCAUUCUGAAGCUCAAUCUGCGAAAAGCCGCGAAACAGGGUUUGCUCUCUCGGAAGAGCAGUGGACGGACACUGUGGCAGAACAUAUGGCAUUAUAUUCAAGAAUUUGAUGCUCCUGGUGUAGUUCUCUUCGCCGCCGGCCUAACAGUCUUCUUGUUGCCCUUUACCCUUGCCGACUCGGCCCCCGAAGGCUGGGCCUCGGGCUAUAUCAUUGCGAUGAUCGUCGUCGGCUUCGUCGUGCUCGCCCUCUUCGGACUCUACGAGACAUUCCUGGCGAGGGCGCCGUUCUUGCACGUCAACCUCCUCGCCAACCGGACCGUGAUCGGCGCCUGUCUGCUCGACUUCACCUACCAGGUCUCGUACUACUGCUGGAACAGCUACUUCACGUCGUUCCUCCAGGUGGUCAACAACCUGUCGCUGGCCGAGGCUGGGUACGUGGGCAGCACCUUCGACGUGGUGUCGGGGGUGCUGCUGCUGUUCGUGGGCCUCCUGAUCCGCAAGACGGGCUACUUCAAGUGGCUGCUCUUCGUCGCGGUGCCGCUGUACAUCUUCGCGCAAGGGCUGAUGAUCCACUUCCGCCGCCCCAACACCGGGAUAGGAUGCAUUGUCAUGUGCCAGAUCUUUAUCGCCGUAGGCGGCAGCAUCUUCAUCAUCGUCCAGCAGAUCGCUAUCCUAGCCGCCGCGGACCACCAGCACGUCGCCGCCGUACUGGCCCUGCUGUACGUAGUCGGCAACGUCGGCGGCGCCAUAGGCAACACUAUCUCCGGCGCCAUAUGGACAAACACGUUCGCCAAAGCCCUGGCUCGGAAUCUCCCCUCGACGACCUCGCCCGCGGACCUGGAGGACAUAUACAACAGUCUAGACACGCAGCUCAGCUACGCGGUCGGCACGCCUGAGCGGCUGGGCAUCCAGGAGUCGUACGGCUAUGCGCAGGCGAGGAUGCUGGCCGUAGGCACGGGUAUCAUGGCAUUGUCGCUGAUAUGGAUGUUCAUGAUCAAGAACAUCAACGUGACCAAGACUGCACAGGUCAGGGGCACUGUAUUUUGA